UCUUUUGUAGAGCUAUCCUUUGGAAUGAUAUUUUCAUAAUGAGUCAACAAGGUUAUGUGGCUACACCCCCCUAUUCUCAGUCCCAGCCUGGAAUAGGCCUUUCUCCACCUCAUUAUGGGCACUAUGGAGACCCGUCGCACGCAUCAUCUCCACAAGGUAUGAUGAAGCCAGCCGGGCCCUUGGGAACUGCUGCCCCUGGGAUGCUGUUGCCUCCAGGCCCUUCUCCUUCAGUACCCCAUCAGUUUGGCCAGAAUGGAGCUCAUGCCUCAGGUCAUCCUCCCCAAAGAUUUCCAGGUCCUCCACCUGUCAACAACGUGGCAUCUUCUUAUGCACCAUAUCAACCUUCUACCCAGUCGUCUUAUCCAAGUCCUGUGUCCACUUCAUCUGUCACCCAGCUAGGCAGUCAGCUCAGUGCUAUGCAGAUCAACAGCUAUGGUUCGGGCAUGGCUCCCCCCAACCAGGGGCCCCCUCCACGACCUCCACAGCCGUCCAUUUUGCAGCCUGGCUCUCAGGUUCUUCCACCACCGCCCACCACACUAAAUGGCCCUGGUGCCUCAUCUCUGCUUCCUCCUCCAACAUACAGGCUGGAUGGGCACCCUGGGCCUGCUCAUCCAAAUGCCCAGUACCAGCCUCCACCUCUUCCAGGCCAGACCCUGGGCACUGGAUAUCCUCCGCAACAGGCUGCCAGCUCUGGCCCCCAGAUGGCAGGAGCACAGCUCUCCUACCCAGGAGGCUUCCCUGGAGGGCCUGCCCAGAUGGCUGGUCCACCACCACCCCAGAAGAAGCUGGAUCCUGACUCUAUCCCCAGCCCGAUCCAGGUGAUCGAGAAUGAUAGAGCCACCAGAGGAGGACAAGUUUAUGCCACCAACAUCAGAGGCCAGAUCCCUCCCCUGGUCACUACAGAUUAUGUGAUACAAGACCAAGGCAAUGCCAGUCCUCGAUACAUCCGGUGCACAACGUACUGUUUCCCAUGCACGUCAGACAUGGCCAAGCAAGCUCAGAUCCCACUGGCUGCUGUCAUCAAACCCUUUGCCACCAUUCCUUCAAAUGAGACUCCCCUUUACUUGGUGAAUCAUGGAGAGAAUGGACCAGUCAGAUGCAACAGGUGCAAGGCCUACAUGUGCCCGUUUAUGCAAUUCAUCGAGGGAGGAAGGAGGUACCAGUGUGGAUUUUGCAGCUGUGUGAAUGAUGUUCCGCCAUUCUAUUUUCAACAUCUGGACCACAUUGGAAGAAGACUGGACCACUAUGAGAAACCAGAGUUAUCUCUAGGAUCUUAUGAAUAUGUCGCUACCUUGGAUUAUUGCAGAAAUAAUAAGCCUCCCAACCCACCAGCCUUUAUCUUCAUGAUUGAUGUUUCAUAUAGUAACAUAAAGAAUGGACUUGUCAAGCUCAUAUGUGAAGAACUGAAGACCAUUCUGGAAAAACUUCCAAAGGAAGAACAAGAAGAGAUGUCUGCAAUUCGAGUUGGUUUUAUCACAUAUAACAAAGUUCUUCAUUUCUUUAAUGUAAAGAGUAAUUUGGCCCAGCCUCAGAUGAUGGUGGUGACUGAUGUUGGAGAAGUCUUUGUUCCUUUGUUGGAUGGUUUCCUUGUCAACUAUCAAGAAUCCCAAUCAGUGAUUCACAAUUUAUUGGACCAGAUUCCAGAGAUGUUUGCAGACUCUAAUGAAAAUGAGACAGUCUUUGCUCCUGUCAUCCAGGCUGGCAUGGAAGCACUAAAGGCAGCAGACUGUCCCGGGAAGCUGUUCAUCUUCCAUUCUUCCUUGCCAACUGCUGAAGCACCAGGGAAGCUCAGAAACAGAGAUGACAAAAAACUGGUUAAUACAGACAAAGAGAAGAUACUUUUCCAGCCCCAAACAAACGUUUAUGACUCUCUGGCCAAGGACUGUGUGGCUCAUGGCUGUUCUGUGACGCUGUUCCUCUUUCCCAGUCAGUAUGUGGAUAUGGCCUCGUUGGGGCUUGUUCCUCAGCUUACUGGAGGAACCCUUUACAAAUAUAACAAUUUUCAGAUGCACUUGGAUAGCCAACAAUUUUUGAAUGACCUCAGAAAUGAUAUAGAAAAGAAAAUAGGCUUUGAUGCUAUUAUGAGGGUUCGUACCAGCACAGGCUUCAGAGCCACUGAUUUCUUUGGUGGAAUUCUUAUGAACAACACCACUGAUAUAGAAAUGGCAGCCAUUGAUUGCGACAAGGCAGUGACUGUGGAGUUCAAGCAUGAUGACAAACUCAGUGAAGACACUGGAGCUUUAAUCCAGUGUGCUGUACUUUACACGACGAUCAGUGGUCAAAGAAGACUCCGGAUUCACAAUCUGGGCUUAAACUGCAGCUCCCAGUUAGCUGAUCUUUACAAGAGCUGUGAAACGGAUGCCCUUAUCAACUUCUUUGCUAAGUCAGCUUUUAAAGCAGUUCUCCACCAGCCUUUGAAAGUCAUCCGGGAAAUUCUAGUUAAUCAGACUGCUCAUAUGUUGGCAUGUUACCGAAAGAACUGUGCAAGUCCAUCUGCAGCAAGCCAGCUUAUUCUGCCAGAUUCCAUGAAAGUAUUACCAGUGUACAUGAACUGUUUGUUAAAAAACUGUGUGCUGCUCAGCAGACCAGAGAUCUCAACUGAUGAGCGGGCAUUCCAGAGACAGCUGGUCAUGAGCAUGGGUGUGGCCGACUCUCAGCUCUUCUUCUACCCACAACUUCUGCCCAUACACACAUUAGAUGUCAAGAGUACAAUGUUACCUGCUGCUGUUCGUUGCUCUGAGUCUCGUCUUUCAGAAGACGGAAUAUUCUUACUGGCUAAUGGUCUAAACAUGUUCUUAUGGCUGGGAGUAAGUAGCCCACCAGAACUGAUCCAAGGAAUAUUUAAUGUGCCAUCUUUUGCACAUAUCAACACAGAUAUGACAUUGCUGCCUGAGGUGGGAAGCCCACACUCCCAGCAACUCAGGAUGAUAAUGGGUAUUAUCCAACAAAAGAGGCCAUAUUCAAUGAAGCUCACGAUUGUAAAGCAGCGGGAGCAGCCAGAAAUGGUUUUCCGACAGUUCCUGGUAGAAGACAAAGGACUUUAUGGAGGAUCUUCUUAUGUGGACUUCCUUUGUUGUGUUCACAAGGAGAUCUGUCAGCUGCUCAAUUAAUUGAAACUUCUCUAUUGUUGAUGUUGCAUUUCUAAGGAGAUAAUCUCCUUCUCGGUGCCUGAUUUUCUAGAUUAUAAUAGUUUUGAUUUCUUAUUCAUUUUCAGAAUAGCUUUCCAGGAUGGCAUUUGGAACUUCAGCUUUGGUGCUCAGGUAUAAAGCCAAUGAAGGUACAUUGUACCAUAAAGGGAACAGUCUAUUUCUGAUUGCACAAUUUUUAAUUUUUAAAACUGAUGCGGUUUGCAUUUCAUGAAAGACAAAGUUUACGGAACCGUAAAUAUUCUCAAUUUUCUUUAUUUGUGCUAGACAUAUAAAUUAUUUUUCAAACUGUAUAGGUUUGGCAUAAAAAAUUGUCUUCGUUCCUCUUCAAUUUCCUGUGAGGGGAAAAAAAAUCUUAAUUUUUACAUUAUCUAAUUUUUUUAAACCAUGUAACUCCAUUGAACACAUUUUUUUCAACUAAAGGUUUGCAAAGCAGACUUUUAAUAACUUUGGAAUCUAUCUGGUAGAACAAUUUGUGUUCUACAUUUUUUUCAUAAUUAUAUAUUGUGUAUGUUAAAACUAUUUUCCAGUUGUUGUUUUGUCUAUAAAACAGUCUUUAUCAAUAUUCUUAAUGGUUCUUUGUACAAUUUUGAAGGUUUCUACCUGUAUAUAAUAGAUCUUAACCAAUAUCAAUAAAUCACUUCAUAUACUCUUA